AUGGUCUUUCUCGCUGCCGCUGUCGCCUUCUGCGGCGGCCUCGCUGUCGCAUAUGGCAUGAACACCAGAGAAGCGGAAGGCAUAACUCCGGGAAGAUUUAGCCUCCCUCUCGAGAGGACCUCAGUGUUCUCCAGUGGCGUCCUGUCGUCCCGUGCGACGACUGGGAGCGCUCCUAUGACGUUCUACAAGAGUUUCGGAGAGUGGACGUGCAAUGGGACGUUCGGAGGCUCGCAGACCCUGCAGCUCGAGAUCGAUACCGGCUCCGCAGACUUGUGGGUGAUGAGCACUCUGCAGAGCUCUAUACAGCUCUCCGGACAUGCUUACUAUGACUCGUCGAAGUCUAGCACUUUCGAAGCAAUGCGCGGAUAUACCUGGAAGGUUGGCCAUAGCGGUGGUGCCUCAGGCAGCGUCAUCGGGACCGAAACCGUCAACAUAGGCGGCGCCUCUGUUUCCACAGUGAUAGAACUCGCGAAUAAUGUCUCUACCUCCUUGGCGAAUGACAUAGGACAAGAUGGUUUCGUAGGCCUCGGGAGGAAGUCCAACGGGUUAAACACCGUACACACCAGUGGUGGGACCUACUCACCCCAGAAGACCUUCUUCGAGAAUAUCCAGGGAUCACUCGAAAAUCCUAUCUUUGCGUUGUAUCUGAAUCAUGGAGCCAGCUCCGGAAGUAUAGAUUUUGGCUAUAUAGAUGACACCAAAUACAGUGGCAGUCUUGUCGAUGCGACGUUGGUCGACUCGGUGUACUGGGAAGUCAACUCCACGCACUCGAAGGUCGGCAGCACCGUCUAUGCCAACACAAUCGGAACAACAGCAAUCAUAGAUAGCGGCACCACGCUCAUAAAGGUCUUCAACGACACGGCCGCGCACCUAUAUGGUGCCAUCGACGGAGCACAAUACACAUCUAACUAUGGGUGGAUAUUCCCUUGCACCAGCUCCAUCCCGAGCUUUCAGAUGCUUGUGGGAGACUACUACGCAAUUGUCGGUGCGGGCCAGAUCAAGUGGCGGACUGUAGGGAACGGAAACUGUCGAGGAGGCGUCCAGCUUCAAUCCUUGAGCGAAGAUUACAUGAUAUUCGGUUCCAUGAUCCUCGCCACGCAGUACAUGGUCUUCGACCCGACGAACACCCGUGUUCAAUUCGGAUUGUUGAAGUGA